CACAUCGACGCCAUUGCGUUUCUGAAUUUUCAGGCUCGCGGAGAUUACGUUUGUUAAACGUUUGAAAAAUUGAAGUUACCUCUCGAAAAUCAUCAUGCAGAUCUUCGUGAAGACUUUAACAGGGAAGACUAUCACUCUCGAAGUUGAACCGAGCGAUAGUAUCGAAAAUGUGAAGACAAAGAUCCAAGACAAGGAAGGCAUCCCGCCCGACCAACAGCGUCUUAUUUUCGCAGGGAAACAACUCGAAGACGGCCGAACCCUGAGUGAUUACAACAUCCAAAAAGAGUCAACUCUUCAUCUGGUUCUUCGCCUGAGAGGUGGAAUGCAGAUUUUUGUGAAAACUCUGACGGGAAAGACCAUCACGCUUGAAGUUGAGCCGAGCGACUCCAUUGAAAAUGUGAAGACAAAGAUCCAAGACAAAGAAGGUAUCCCUCCCGAUCAACAAAGGUUGAUUUUCGCCGGCAAACAAUUGGAAGAUGGCCGUACCCUGAGCGACUACAACAUCCAGAAAGAAUCAACCCUUCAUUUGGUGUUGCGUUUGAGAGGAGGAAUGCAGAUUUUCGUCAAGACUCUCACAGGCAAGACAAUCACCCUCGAAGUAGAACCAAGCGACUCCAUCGAGAACGUCAAAACAAAGAUCCAGGACAAAGAAGGUAUCCCACCCGACCAGCAAAGAUUGAUUUUUGCCGGCAAACAGUUAGAAGAUGGCCGCACCCUGAGCGACUACAACAUCCAGAAAGAAUCGACCCUCCAUCUUGUUUUGCGUCUGCGUGGUGGUAUGCAGAUCUUCGUUAAGACCCUGACAGGAAAAACAAUUACCCUCGAGGUUGAACCCAGCGACUCAAUCGAGAACGUCAAGACAAAAAUCCAGGACAAGGAGGGCAUCCCACCCGACCAGCAGAGGUUGAUUUUCGCGGGCAAACAGUUGGAAGAUGGCCGCACCCUGAGUGACUAUAACAUUCAAAAAGAAUCAACCCUCCAUCUUGUUUUGCGUCUGCGUGGUGGUAUGCAGAUCUUCGUCAAGACCCUGACAGGGAAAACCAUUACCCUCGAGGUAGAGCCCAGCGAUUCGAUUGAAAAUGUCAAAACGAAGAUCCAGGAUAAAGAAGGCAUCCCCCCGGAUCAGCAGAGAUUGAUCUUUGCAGGAAAGCAAUUAGAAGAUGGCCGUACCUUGAGCGACUACAACAUUCAGAAGGAAUCAACUCUUCACCUUGUGCUGCGUCUGCGUGGUGGUAUGCAGAUCUUUGUAAAAACCCUUACAGGCAAAACCAUUACCCUUGAAGUUGAACCCAGUGACUCCAUUGAGAAUGUCAAGACAAAGAUACAAGAUAAAGAAGGUAUCCCUCCAGACCAACAGAGGUUGAUCUUUGCCGGGAAGCAGUUAGAAGAUGGUCGCACCCUGAGUGACUACAACAUCCAGAAGGAAUCAACCCUCCACCUGGUGUUGCGCCUGCGGGGUGGCAUGCAGAUCUUUGUGAAGACCCUGACUGGCAAAACAAUCACCUUGGAGGUUGAACCCAGUGAUUCAAUUGAGAAUGUCAAGACCAAGAUUCAGGACAAAGAAGGUAUUCCCCCAGACCAACAAAGGUUAAUCUUUGCUGGCAAGCAACUUGAAGAUGGCCGCACCUUGAGCGACUACAACAUCCAAAAAGAAUCAACCCUUCAUUUGGUGCUGCGUCUGAGAGGUGGACAUUAAAAUCCCUGAACACUGACCUAACAGUUGGAUUAUUAAAACUACAUAAGGCAACUAGUAUCUGGGGUUUUUUCGUAGUUCAAGUUUUUCUUUUUUUGCAUUGUUUCAGUUCUAAAAUAUUGUAAACAGGUUCAAAAUUUUUUUGCUUAGACUACCUUUGGAAAGAUACAAAAACUGUAAGGAGAUUUACGUCAAUGCCUAUUAAAAUUUUGUUGGAUUGAA